AUGAAUAGAUUAAGGAUAUACACACCGAUUUUUAGGUCUACAAUAGUUAAGCCGGCUGUUUUCAGACCAUAUGCUUUUAUUGUAUCGAGAGGCAUACACACCACAGGCAAAUUAUUUCAGAUGCAACAUCAACAACAGCCAUCUGUUCCAGACCAAUCAUCUAUUGAAAAGCAAAGGGAAUGGGUAGAUAGACUUGCAAGAGAAAGAGAAGAACGUCAAAAGUAUAGAAAUAGAACAGCAACGUAUUAUACUGCAUCAUUAGGGAUUUUCUUUUUGGCAUUAGCAUUUUCUGCGGUGCCAAUUUAUCGAGCCAUCUGUCAACGUACUGGGUGGGGUGGAAUACCAAUUACUGAUAGUACAAAAUUCACUCCUGAUAAGUUGAUCCCUGUCGAUACCAACAAACGUAUCCGUAUACAGUUUACUUGUCAGUCAUCGGGAAUAUUACCAUGGAAAUUUACCCCUUUACAACGUGAGGUUUAUGUUGUACCUGGUGAAACUGCUUUAGCAUUCUAUCGAGCCAAGAAUAUGAGUAAAGAAGACAUUAUCGGUAUGGCAACGUAUUCUAUUUCACCAGAUAAUGUCGCUGGAUAUUUCAAUAAGAUUCAAUGUUUUUGCUUUGAAGAACAACGAUUGAGUGCUGGGGAAGAAGUAGAUAUGCCUGUGUUCUUCUUUAUUGAUCCUGAUUUUGCUAAAGAUCCAGCAAUGAGAAAUAUUGAUGAUGUGGUUUUGCAUUAUUCGUUCUUCAAAGCCCAUUAUUCCGAUGGUGAGUUGGCAGCGGCACCUAUUGGGAAUAUGGAAAUGAAAGCCAGUGUGGUUAGUUAA